CACUGGCAAGAUGGUGAAGGAGACCACAUAUUAUGAUGUGCUUGGGGUCAAGCCUAAUGCCUCCCAAGAGGAACUGAAGAAAGCCUAUAGGAAGCUGGCGCUGAAAUACCAUCCUGACAAGAAUCCUAAUGAGGGUGAAAAGGCAAGUCAGAUCUCUCAAGCUUAUGAAGUACUUUCUGACACCAAGAAAAGAGAAUUGUAUGAUAAAGGUGGUGAGCAAGCUAUAAAGGAGGGCGGUAGCGGAGGUGGCUUUGGAUCACCUAUGGAUAUCUUUGACAUGUUUUUUGGAGGAGGUGGAAGAAUGCAAAGGGAGAGGAGAGGUAAAAAUGUUGUUCAUCAGUUGUCAGUAACAUUAGAAGACCUGUACAACGGAGCGACACGAAAGCUUGCUCUACAGAAGAAUGUGAUUUGUGACAAAUGUGAAGGCCGAGGCGGUAAGAAGGGUGCCGUGGAAUGCUGCCUUAAUUGCAGGGGGACAGGCAUGCAAAUAAGAAUUCACCAGAUAGGACCUGGAAUGGUCCAGCAAAUUCAGUCGGUGUGCAUGGAAUGUCAGGGUCAUGGAGAGCGCAUCAGUCCCAAGGAUCGGUGCAAAAGCUGCAAUGGAAGGAAGAUUGUUAGAGAGAAGAAAAUCCUGGAAGUUCAUAUUGAUAAAGGAAUGAAAGAUGGUCAAAAGAUAACUUUUCACGGUGAAGGGGACCAAGAACCAGGGCUGGAACCUGGAGACAUCAUCAUUGUCUUGGAUCAAAAAGACCAUUCUUUGUUUACGAGGCGGGGUGAAGACCUGGUCAUGAGCAUGGAUAUUCAGUUGGUUGAGGCACUCUGUGGGUUCCAGAAACCGAUUGCAAUGCUGGAUAAUCGAACCAUAAUCAUUACUUCUCACCCUGGUCAGAUUGUCAAGCAUGGCGAUAUUAAGUGUGUGCUGAAUGAGGGCAUGCCUAUCUAUCGCAGACCGUAUGAAAAGGGCCGUCUGAUCAUUGAGUUCAAGGUAAUCUUUCCGGAUAGUGGCUUCCUUUCUUCAGAUAAGCUGUGCCUGUUGGAAAAGCUGCUGCCUCCAAGGGAAAACGUGGAAGAGACUGAAGACAUGGACCAGGUAGAGUUGGUGGACUUUGACCCAUCUCAGGAAAGGAGGCACCAUUACAAUGGAGAAGCUUACGAAGACGAUGAGCACCAUCCUAGAGGUGGCGUCCAGUGCCAGACAAGUUAGGAAGGCCCCCGCGAGCCCCCUCGUGCUCUGUCUC